AUAUCCCCAAAGCCCCAACCAUUUAAACCCUAGCAAUCCUCAGCUUCGCAAUUCCCUGCAAUAAUCUCCUUUUUCUCACAAUUUCCCACAUUUUUCUCACAUUCUCAAUCAGCUAAAUCAAUCCUGAGUUGUUUGAAUAGAUGAUUACUUGUUCCAGCUCGGAAAGUUAUGCUUUGCAGGUAUCUAUAAUUCGAGGUUGUACUCUGCACUCAUAAGAAGGAACAAGAAAUCAAAAUGGCUCAUCUGCUGACAGCUUUUUGUAGCGUGAACCCCUCUCCCUCCACCAAAACCUACUUGAAACUACCAAGCCAGUGUUCAUCUAUCGGCCGUACUUCUGUCACCUUUCGAUCUUGCAGAACACUGUACAGAAGUUCAAUUUCAUUUAGGAAGAAAUCUAUUAAACCAUAUCAGAUAAAUGCAACUGCUGCCUCUAUAGGCCAAGAUGUUGAAAACAGGAUUCAACCCGGGUCCCACCAGAUUCUGGAUAAUGGAAAUUCAUCGAAACAGAAAAGGGUGAUGGUCAUUGGUGGUGAUGGUUAUUGUGGAUGGGCAACAGCCCUCCAUCUUUCCAAUAAAAAUUAUGAGGUUGCUAUAGUUGAUAAUCUUGUCCGCCGGUUGUUUGAUCUCCAACUUGGCCUUGAUUCCCUUACGCCAAUAUCAUCUAUCCACAAUCGUGUGCGAUGCUGGAAAUCUCUUACCGGCAAAACUAUCCAACUUCACAUUGGUGACAUUUGUGAUUUUGAGUUCCUAACAGAAGCCUUCAAAUCUUUUGAGCCUGAUGCUGUUGUUCACUUCGGCGAACAACGAUCUGCGCCUUACUCCAUGAUUGAUAGGUCGAGAGCUAUUUUCACACAGCACAACAAUGUGAUUGGAACUCUAAAUGUUCUGUUCGCCAUCAAGGAAUUCAGCGAAGAGUGUCACUUAGUGAAACUCGGGACCAUGGGUGAGUAUGGAACUCCGAACAUUGAUAUCGAGGAAGGAUACAUAACAAUCACCCAUAAUGGAAGAACUGAUACUUUGCCAUAUCCAAAGCAAGCCAGCUCCUUCUAUCACUUGAGUAAGGUGCAUGAUUCAAAUAACAUUGCGUUUACUUGUAAGGCUUGGGGGAUUAGGGCGACGGAUUUAAACCAAGGAGUUGUAUAUGGAGUUAAGACAGAUGAAACUGAGAUGCAUGAAGAGCUGUGCAACAGAUUUGAUUAUGAUGGUGUGUUUGGAACAGCCUUGAAUAGGUUCUGUGUUCAAGCUGCUGUCGGGCACCCGCUUACUGUCUACGGCAAAGGUGGACAGACUCGCGGUUAUCUGGACAUCAGAGACACAGUGCAAUGUGUUGAGCUAGCCAUUGCCAACCCAGCCAAACAAGGUGAGUUCCGAGUGUUCAACCAGUUCACAGAACAGUUUUCAGUAAAUGACCUUGCAAGACUCGUUACCAAAGCCGGCAAAAAGCUUGGAUUGGAUGUGGAAACCAUAUCAGUGCCAAAUCCACGAGUCGAAGCCGAAGAACACUACUACAAUGCGAAACACACAAAGCUCAUUGAGCUCGGUCUCAAGCCUCACCUUCUAUCUGAUUCUCUUCUGGAUUCACUGCUGAACUUUGCUAUUGAGUACAAGGAUCGCGUCGAUGGUAAACAAAUAAUGCCGAGUGUUUCUUGGAAGAAAAUAGGUGUGAAGCCUUUGACAGUGCCGGCCUAGAAACAGACGUCGGGAUGGAAGGAAUAAGGUUAUAUUUGUAUAAUGUCAAUAGCAUAAAGUUGGCAUUGUUUUUGUUGUAUUAUUUUCUUUAUUUGGAUGUUGUCUUUGAUGUUAAGACUUAACUUCCAAUUUUAGCUUUGAAAGAUUCAUGUGUGAACCUUGUUGUUCUUGACUUAGGUUUGUUGUGAUUUGUUCUAAUAGAUUUUUAGCCUUGUUUGUGUUU